GGAGAGGCAGUUGCCAGGAAGAUAUGAGCUGCUGAUUGCCGAAGUGACUUGAUAUAUAAGGCCGGGUGGAAACGACCACUGCCCACAGCUAAAGCCGCGUUCGGUUCAGUUUAGCCCCAGCUGACUGAAGCUGCCGCCAUGCCACACCCUGAUACAAAGGGGACGCACAUGCUCAGCGGCCAUCAUGUCACCGGAGUGAACUGGCGGCCCAUUCGAUUCACGAAAGACCUACCGCCAUCGCUCGUCUGUUGCCUGUGCCGAGUGGUUCCCGAAACGACGGCGAUGCUGCCGUGCUCGCACGCUCUGUGCGAAUCCUGCCGCAGAGCACGACGUCGAGAUGGCCACGACACGUGUCCCUUGGAUCGGAAGCCAUACAGUACCCAUACGGUAUUCUACGCUGCCGACCAAGCUAGCAGCAUCAAGGCUCACUGCUGGAAUGAAGGCUACGGCUGCAAGUACGUAGGCCCCAUUGAAGCUCUGGUGCUGCACUACGACAAGGAAUGCACCUUUCAUGCCAUCCAGUGUCAACGUUGCGAACAACGUAUAUUGCGCACAAACAUCGCUGCGCACUAUGAGGCAGGGUGCCCCUUGAAUGCCAGUUGUCCAAGUUAUAGAGAGCCUAAUGGGCAAACCGGACUCUCAGCCAGUUCAAAUACCAUCAACAGCGCAAUCAGCAGCUUCGAGAAUAGUAUUCAACGCAGAAUCGAACAAAUUGAGGCGAACAUCUGCUCAAAGAUGACUCAGCAACUGAAUACCAGACUUCAAGAGUUGAAGGCCCUCAUCAGAGAUCCUUGCGGUGAUCAGCUGUCCUCAGUUCAGAGCCAAAUGAACGCACUUGUUGAACAAGCGAGGAACAAUGAUGCUUCUCAAUUGAGGAAAAUUGUAAGUGCGCUCAAAGACUCGGAAAGUAUGUUGAAGGGAGAUGUUAAGAGAGUUGAAGCGAAUCUGUCAUCGAGUCUUGCGAAUCAAGAGCGCUCUCUGCAAGUUGUGCUAGACUAUGUCAAGCAGAAUAAUAGAUCGAUCGAAAGCGACAGCUCGCGGCCUAGGCCGCUUCCACCACUUCCGAAGGAACAGAUUCCUGGCGCUUCGAAACACGGCUCAUCCAGCACAAACUGGAGACCUUGGCCGAGGGUUCAGUGACCAGCCUUGAAUCCUGAAGCCUGAGGACUGAGCCGAGGAAUGGCGAAGCGCGGAUUCUUCACGUUUAGAAUAGCACUAAACGUUCUCGUUUGAUCUCAAUUGCAUUGGUAAAGCCAAAGCUCCUUUCGCGGAAUAUGUAACCAAUUUUGUAACGGUGUGGUUGGACAGAGACAGUUCCUGGAAUUUGUGUAUGUGUAGGAAUCUAAAUGUUAAAAUCUCCUGCAUGCUCCGUAAGCUGUCACCGAGUUGCUGCCUUAGUACGGAUGGAGAGAGCUGGAGCUUCCGAAGACACCUGGUUUUCGUUCACCGAUCGAGCUCUACUUGUCUACGACGACAGAGCGUUCUGGCGAAAUUCUUAAAUUUCAGAAGCUUAUUCGAGUGAUUGAAUGGCUCCUCCGCAAACGUCUUUGCUUAUUUUAUUGUCACUUUCAAGACAAGAAAGCAAAAGCUUGCUGAAGACUUGGUCGUGAGUGUUAAUUAUUUUUUAAGGCACUCCCGAAGUCUCUGUAUUUUGUGAGCCUGUGGUAGGCCGCAUAAGAUCAGUUACAUGUUAAAAUUUUGGAGCCAGAGAUAAGGCCAAAUAUGUGCACGCAUUGGGAAUCUCCUUCGAACCGCCACUGUAUGGCGCCCUCUUGGAACCUGCAAUAACUUGAUGAAUAAGAAUAUUGGCCACGAGCAUCGGCGAACGCCUUUGUUUGACCAGCCCGUAUAUGUAGGAAGUCCAAGAAAUGGGUCCAUAUUACACUGUUGCGUGUCGACCAUGACAUAGUGAACGAGUUGUUCCGGUAAGCACUCUGACAAGUGAAAGGCUUUCAGCUUUAUUGUGAGCCUGUGUAAUGGAAUAUUUUGUCUGAUAUAUAGUAUGCAUACAUUGUUACCCAUUAGGGGAGAGUAUACGCGUAAGGCUUUCGGGGUAGCAACUGCACCAGUGUCUGAGCUGAGCAGGCGCGUCAGUGAAGUGUGUGUGCAUUCACUCAACGAAGUAUGCCCUGCCGAGUUGCGGUGGAAGCAAAUCGGCAACUGUCCACAUGUGUAGGCAAGUGGAAAGGUUGUAAAGGAUUAGGCAGGGUUUUAAACUUUCAGCUUGUGGUGUGCUUGAGUAUGGUCAAAUAAAACGUUCUUGAGGGUAGCGUGUUCGUUCAGCGACGAACUUGCUUUAAGAAUGUGACACUUGUUGGAUUUCUUUCAUGUUUCGAGUGUUAGGUUGCAAAUUUUUUUACAAAUGAGCUGCAAGCUGUGUUUAUCUUUUCUUGUGAAUAAAACACUCACACCUAUCUCGUUGAAGAAAGCA